AUGGGCGUCAAGGAGGAAGCCAUAGCGCUCAAGAACAAGGGCAACGACGCCUUCAAGGCCCACGACUGGCCUACUGCGCUAGACUUCUACACAAAGGCUAUUGAGACCUAUGACAAGGAGCCUUCCUUCUACACCAACCGCGCACAGGCCAAUCUGAAGGUCGAAGCAUACGGCUUUGCCGUUGCAGAUGCAGACAAGGCCAUCCAGCUCGACCCCAACAAUGUCAAGGCAUACUACCGCCGCGCCUCGGCCAACACCCUCAUUUUGAAGCACCGAGACGCUCUGAGGGAUUGGAAGCUCGUUGUUAAGAAAGCGCCCAAUGAUGCGACCGCGAAGCUGCGCAUGCUCGAAUGCGAGAAAAUCAUCAAGAGAGAUGCCUUCCUCAAGGCCAUCGAGGUCGAGGAUGCGCCAUCGGUCGCAGAGGGUCUGGACAUCGACAACAUGAUCGUGGAGACUGGCUACGACGGCGCAGAGCUGGGAGACAAGAUGACGCCCGAAUUCAUCGAAGACAUGACUGAGAGGUUCAAAAACGGAAAGAAGCUGGCCAAGAAGUACGCCUACCAGAUCAUCAUUGCUGUCAUGGAAAUCUCCAAGAAGGAGCCAACCAUGAUCGAGUACGAUGUCGACGAAGGACAUGAGGUUACAGUUUGCGGUGACACACAUGGUCAAUUCUUCGAUCUCAUGAACAUCUUCAAGCUUGCUGGCAAGCCUUCUGAGAAGCACUCCUUCCUGUUCAACGGUGACUUUGUCGACCGAGGAUCAUGGUCUACCGAGAUCGCCCUUCUGUUGUACGCCUACAAGUGGCUAUACCCUGAUAGGUUCUUCCUCAACCGUGGAAACCACGAGACCGACGAUAUGAACCGCAUGUACGGCUUUGAGGGUGAAUGCAGAGCCAAGUACACCGAGCGCAUCUUCAAGCUGUUCUCCGAGUCCUUCUCACUACUGCCCCUCGCAACGCUCAUCGGCAAGAAGUACUUUGUCCUUCAUGGUGGUUUGUUCUCGGAUGACAAGAUCACACUGGACGAUGUCAGGAAGCUUGACCGAUUCAAGCAGAGACAACCGGGCCAGUCUGGUCUUAUGAUGGAAAUGCUCUGGACCGACCCUCAGACUGCACCUGGACGUGGACCCAGCAAGCGUGGUGUCGGUCUGCAAUUCGGACCCGACAUCACCAAGCGUUUCUGCGAGAACAACGGCCUCGAGGCCAUCAUUCGAUCGCAUGAAGUUCGCAUGGAGGGUUAUGAGGUUGAGCAUGACGGACGCUGCAUCACUGUCUUCUCUGCACCCAACUACUGCGACAGCACGAGCAACAAGGGAGCUUUCAUUAAGAUCGGCCCUGACUACAAGCUUAGGUACACACAGUUCGACGCCGUGCCGCAUCCGAACAUCAAGCCCAUGGCGUACGCCUCGAAUGGCAUGCAGGGUCUGAUGUAA